AGGGGAUCUGGGUUCUAAGAAGGGGUGGUGUUUGAAUUAGGGUCUUGGGGCCUGGGGUAAGCCAAGGCUUCUGGACAGAAGGGAGGCUUGCUUCAGGCAAGUGGGUCAGAGGCACAGUCCCUUAUCUCCUUGCAUCCAAGGUAAUGUGGGCCUUUCCAGCCUCUUAUAGGAAAAGAAGGAUGUCAGUCUGCUACCGUCCCCCGGGGAACGAGACGCUGCUGAGCUGGAAGGCCUCGCGGGUUACAGGCACGGCUUUCCUGCUGCUGGCAGCGUUGCUGGGACUGCCCGGCAAUGGCUUUGUAGUGUGGAGCUUGGCUGGCUGGCGGCCGGCAAGGGGGCGGCCGUUGGCGGCCACACUGGUGCUGCACCUAGCGCUGGCCGACGGCGCGGUGCUACUGCUCACUCCGCUCUUCGUGGUCUUCCUGACAGGGCAGGCGUGGCCGCUGGGUCAGGUGGGCUGCAAGGCGGUGUACUACGUGUGCGCACUCAGCAUGUACGCCAGCGUGCUGCUCACCAGCCUGCUCAGCCUGCAACGCUGCCUCGCCGUCACUCGGCCCUUCCUGGCGCCCCGGCUGCGCAGCCCGGCCCUGGCCCGCCGCCUGCUGUUGGCAGUCUGGGUGGCCGCAUUGUUGCUUGCCCUCCCGGCGGCCAUCUACCGCCACCUCUGGGGCGACCGCGUGUGUCAGCUGUGCCACCCGACGCCAGCGCAUGCUGCUGCUCACCUGAGCCUGGAGACUCUGACCGCCUUCGUCCUUCCUUUUGGGCUGGUGAUCGGCUGCUACAGCGUGACGCUGGUGCGGCUGCGGGGCGCCAGCUGGAGCGCCAAGAGACACCGGACGCGGGUGGGACGCCUGGUGGGUGCCAUCGUACUCGCCUUCGGCUUGCUCUGGGCACCCUACCACGCGGUCAAUCUUCUGCAGGUGUUGGCAGCGCUCGCUCCACCCGAAGGGGCUUUGGCCAGGCUCGGCGGGGCGGGCCAGGCAGCACGGGCUGGAACUACCGCCUUGGCCUUCUUCAGCUCCAGCGUUAACCCAGUGCUCUACGUCUUCACGGCUGGGGAUCUGCUACCUCGGGCAGGACCCCGUUUUCUCACACGGCUCUUUGAGGGCUCGGGGGAAGUCCGAGGGGUCAGCCGCUCUAGGGAGGGUACCAUGGAGCUCCGAACUACUCCCAGACUAAAAGUAGUGGGGCAAGGUGGGGGCAAUGGGGACCCGGGGGGAGGAAUAGAGAGGGAUAGCCAGGAAUGGGAUCCUUGAC